AUGCAUACGAAAUCUAGAGGUGGGUGCCUCAGAUGCAAAUCGAAAAAGACCAAAUGCGAUGAGCGGAAACCUGGAUGCGCCCGAUGCGAGGAUAGGGGGAUCCAGUGCCCAGGCUACGCCCUCAACGUGCGCUGGUCGCGAAAGCACCAAGUCCGCGUCGACCAGAAGGGUGCGACUCGAGGCUCACCCAGACAAUCCAGCCUCGACGCAUCCGUGUCUCAAAGACGUCUGCAGCAAACUGAGGCCACUUCGCCAGCAUCGAAUCAGAUCGGUGCCGACGUCCUGCAACUCGUUGAUCCCUGGCUCACGAGCCCUUUUCAGUGGGAUCUUCCUGCUCUGCAUCAAGAAAUACCGUCUUUUGAUGCUUCAUCUUGCGCACUGUUGCUUGGAAGUCAAGAAGCAGUUCCUACAACUCCAAGUUGGGACAUACCCUUUGUGAGUUCGGCUUGGACUGUUGAUGGGCAGAGCCCGACGACUUCAUCGUCCCAAGGUGAGGAUCGCCAAGUGGAACAGUCAUUCCCAAUGAAUGGAACCCCGACUAUCAUCGUCCAGGACAACAGCACCAGGCCCCAAGUUGAGAUAGCUCAACCCAGGCCAAGUCAACAAGUCCUAGAGAGCAACCUUUGCGAGCUCUCCCAUCUCCCAACCUCCCUAUCUGAAUACUUCUUCCGCGAGGUCAUCACGCUGUACUGCGCAUGGGAUAGCAAGACAAACGUAAUGCGCAACAUCGUCGAGACAAUGUGGCAGUCCUCCGGCGCUUUGUACCACACCAUCCAGAGCAUGGCCGCAGCCUGUCUAUCAGAAGACUUCCCGCACCUGCUGCCCGUCGCCCGAAGGGAACACGGCAACGCCCUCAGACUCAUCCGUGAUCGCCCUCCAGCGCUACCUAAAUCUACCCCAAUGACCACAACACACAAGCGGGCCAUGUUGCUCUCAUCAACGCUCCUCGGCCACACCUCGAGCUGGUUCAGCCCCCAGAACCUCGCAACAGACAUGUUCAGAGCGAGCUGCAGCAUGCUCAAGGACGUCUCCGCCGAGACGAGCAGUGAUGCAGACGCCAGCUUAUCCUUCUUCAGCGAUACCAUGGACUACUGGGCCAUGCUCCUCGCCUAUCUAACAGACAGCAACCAACUAGGCGACUACCACCACACCAACUCCAUCGGCCCCACGGACCCAUCAAAGUCCAUCGAGCCGCACCCUUACUCUGGUAUAUCCCACGCCACCGUCCGACUCCUGACCGACACGGGCAUCCUCAUCUUUCAGUACCGGAAACACAUGGCCACCGUCAAGUUUCUCACCGAGACAGAUCUAGACGUCUUCCGCGCCGCACUCCGCUCUGCAAGGAAAUUCGAGCGCGCGCUACUGGCGCACCGCCCGCCUGACCUAUCUCGCGUCACGGAUCCGGGUGAUCCCAAGACACCGCUACGGCACCUGGAGCUUAUUGAUGAGGCAUACCGGUGUACGGGUCUCCUACAGCUGUACCGCGUGUUUCCGGAUUUGUUGAAUGAGCGAUAUGCACCGUGGGACAGGGAGCGGCUGCUUCGUCCGGUGCCGAUGCCCGAGGCCGCGACUGGAGGACUAGAUGGUCACAAGGUUCCCUCGGCAAGAGAGAGGAGGACGUGGUUGACGAAGCUGGCGAUGUAUAUCCUCGGUAUCUUACGGGAUAUACCCUUUGAGUCGCGGACGCGAAGUGCGCAGCCUUUUAUCAUGGUGGCUAUCUCGAACGAGUUAAGGAGGGAGCCGCAGCAUCUACGACAGCCGGAUGCUGCAUGUAGCGACAUGGGGGCGGAUGUGCUGGAUAUUGAUCCCGCGUCUAUCGAAGUGGCGAGGGCGCGCAAGUUUGUGCGAUCGCGGCUGGCGGCUUAUACGCACAUUUUGCCGCUCCGCAAGAGUCGGGUUAUUUCUGAGUUGAUUGAUCAUACGUGGGCGGCGCUGGAUGCUGGUGAGGAGGAUGUGUAUUGGCUGGAUAUCGCUCGCGAGAAGAAUCUUGGGACAAUGAUGGGCUAG